AUGAAGCUCUUUUGGCUGUCUACGCAGAAAUCUCGCAUCCAGGUGUGGCUUUACGAGCAGGUAAACACGCGGAUCGAGGGUCGCAUCAUGGGCUUCGAUGAGUACAUGAACCUGGUGCUAGACGAUGCGGAGGAGCUGGAUGUGAAGAACCUUAAACGCACGCCUUUGGGGCGCAUUCUGCUCAAGGGCGACACCAUCACGCUCAUGAUGGCCGUCGACACGACCAACGGAUCAAGCUAG